CUACGAUGUCAAAAAACCAAGGAAAGCAGAAGUAAAUUUUUGUCCUCCCUAUCCUGCUGGAGAGACCCAGGACAGUCUUGAAGGUGAAAGAUUGGCAUUGUUAUCUGAGGUCAAGAAGAGACAUAAUGAUAAAGUUGUCAGAGAAAAGAUGGCCAAGACCUUCGCAUACAGAAGGCAGGAGGUCGUUAGAAACAAGCCCAUGAUCGUGGAGUUCAAGAUCAGAUGGCCAGGACUGUUCACUGUGGCAGAGAUGGAAGCAGAAUUUGUGAGGAUCACUACUCGUCCUCUUGUCUCAAAGUUUCAUGCACAGCUUGACCAACACACUGCCCAGCUCUUCAAAGUGUUGAAGAAGAAAGGAGGCUCUGCAGGGAAUAAAAUCAGCAGGAUUUUGCUCCCAAUCAGACAGAAUGAAACCAUUGAAAAGAGGAGAGAGUGCAUCCUGAAGGCACUUUGUAUCUAUCUGAACGAAGACCCGAACAUCCUCUUCAAAGAAUACCUGGAUACUGAUGAUACUGCUGUACAGAGGGAGCUUGAGCAACUUACCCUUGGCAUCUACAGCGUCAAAGUCGAGGGAGGUGAUGCAACCACUCCACCAGCUGAUGUUGGAAUAGUGAUCGAGGGUGUUGAAGUUCUGCAUGACCUGGGAGAUGUCACCUCUGCAUGUGCACUCUUAAUGGGUGUGAUAUAUGCACUGAACCUCAGUUAUCCUAUGGAACUUAAAGCCUUCUUUGAAGUACUUCAGAAGUAUUUCCUUUAA